ACGCUUCAAUAUCCCAGUUUUUUUGGUUUUUUUUUUUAAUCAACAAUUGGCAAUUUCAACAUGGCAGAUACAAAGGCUGUUAUUUUAGUGGGUGGACCUUCAAGAGGUACACGCUUCCGUCCUCUUUCCCUCAACUGUCCCAAACCACUUUUCCCAGUAGCCGGUCGACCUCUUAUUUCUCAUCACUUGGACGCCCUUUCCAAAGUCAAAGGUUUAAAGGAAGUGUUGAUUAUCGGCUUAUUUGAAGAUAAAGUCUUUGCACCUUACAUUGACAAUGCUGCCGUUGAAUUUCCUAAAUUAAACAUUCGUUACCUUCACGAAUACCAAGCUUUGGGAACAGCAGGCGGUAUUUAUCAUUUCCGUGAUGAGAUUUUGAGAGGACAAACAAAGCACUUUUUUGUUAUGCAUAUUGAUAUUGCUUGUUCCUUCCCGUUGAAUGAUAUGAUGGACGCCCAUAUGCGUCAUCGUGGUAUUUGUACUAUGCUAGGAACCAAGGUACCUUUCAGUGAAGUCACCAAGUAUGGCUGUCUCGUCGCGGAUGAAAAAACGAAUCAAGUGCUUCACUACGUCGAGAAACCCGACACUUUCAUCUCAGACCUCAUCUCUUGUGGUGUCUUUUUGUUCGAUGUUGCUGUCUUUUCUGAAAUGAAAAAGGCGCUCGAUAAGAAAGAAGGACAAGAACCCACUGAAUUUGUUGCUUAUUCCAACCGAGAUGAAUUACGUUUAGAACAAGAUAUUUUGAGACCUUUGACAGAAAACAACAAUUUAUAUGUUCACGUGACAAAGCAAUUCUGGAGACAAGUCAAAACAGCAGGAUCGGCUAUUUCAGCAAAUGCCCUUUAUCUUGAAGCUGAAGCUCAUGAAAAUUCAAACAGACUUGCUCAAAAUACACCAGAAGGACCAGAGAUCAUGGGUGCUGUCUAUAUUCAUCCUUCUGCUCAUGUGGAUCCUACAGCCAAGAUUGGCCCUAAUGUAUCCAUUGGUCCUCGUGUCAAUAUCAUGCCUGGUGUUCGUAUCAAGGACUCUAUUAUUCUCGAUAGUGUUCACAUCGGUACCGGAAGCUGUGUUCUUCAUUCCAUUAUUGGUUGGAACAGUCGUAUAGGUAUGUGGGCACGUGUGGAAGGAUGUCCUGUGCCUAGUGAAGAAGACACCUCGAUGAUGAAGAAUGGUCGCAAGAGUCAAAGCAUUACCAUUCUAGGUAAAGAUGUGUCUGUCAUGGAUGAAACCAUUAUUCGCAACUGUAUCGUAUUACCGCACAAGGAAUUAAAGUCUUGCUACCAUAAUGAAAUCCUUAUGUAAACGAAAGGGAUACGGAUAAGAGGGAAAGAGAGCAAAAUGAUAUCCAAAAAGCUUGAGAAAUAAAAAAAAAAGAAAAAAAGUUUAGUUGUCGGGUCGAGA